CAGCGGCGCUUGGCUCGAAAGUCUCUCCAAGUUGAACGCGCGCUACAUAUAUCAUAUAGUUCAGUCGGGCUUUUACAUAUAAAAUGACGACGACGGCAAACGCGAGAACUGCCGCCUUCUGAUAUAUAUGUGCGUACAGUCAAAGAUACACAUAGCUUUUAUAAACCAUGCAUGUGACGUGAGUGCGAGACUGUGUGUGCUGUAAUUUGUAACGACCGUAUAUAUAAGUGUGUAUGUGUGUAGAGAAAGAGAGAGCACAUAACGGGUAUGGACAUUUAGAAGCAAGUUGUUUGCCGUACAGACGGACUUGCUCGCGGGCCAUCAUUCCGUUUUGUUUUUUCGGCCGAUCGUGUAGAACGCGGUGGUCGGCGUGCAGAUCGCGCGAAUAGUUGCCAAGUGUCGUUCGCGAAGUGAGGCAGCUCCGAGGCCGCAGGAACGUUAGCAGCUGCAGCGAGUCCCGAGCUUGCCUUCGGUGCAGUGUCGUCGAUCUCGCGCAGGCAACGCACGCGGGAAAAAAAGGAGAGACGCAACGAAUCGACAGAAAUUCCCGAGUCAACGUACUGCAAAAACACUGAUUUUAUAGUCGAGGCUAAUAUAGCUCUACGGAAAUUAGAGCUCUAGCAUGGAAAUGAAUUUCACACCGUUCCAGGGCUUCACUACCGGCUCGCUGCCGGCUGGUACGGUGCAUCAGUUUGCUACCGCCAAAUUCGCCCAGAACAUCGCCACUGGCGGCCAAGUGGUCGGUGUUCUAUCGGGUGGCGAGGGCGGCGUGCACUACCUGCGCCCCGUCGAUCCCAAUGGCUUCACCGUAGCCCAGCCCGGCAAUCAGCAGCAACAAAUCAUCACUCUGCCGAUCACCGUGCCCGGAAAAGAUGGCACGCAGCAGCAGCAAACCGUCCAGAUUCAAGUGGUCAAUCCCAACGUAACGACCAGCGGAGCCAACGACCAGCCCAAGUAUCACUUGACACCGAUACUCGGCCAAUUUCCACAGGGAGCCGCGACCGUGCUCACCGUUGCUUACAGUCAGCCGAACAAUGACGGCAACGUGCAGAUACAGGUGCAGCCACAGAACACCGUCGCCACCACUCAGACGUCCGAGCAGACGACCCAGAGCACGGCUACUUCCACGACGACGACCCAGCAGGCCAUGCAGCAGGUUCAGUUGGCGGGCCCCGAAGGUAUGACGGUCGUUGCACAAAUACCCCACGAUUUAAUAUUACGCGAGCCCAUGGACGACGGUAAAGAGACCACCACGAUUACCGAAGUCAAAACCGAGGCUGGUACUACCCCAGUUGCGCUCAUAAAACGCGGUGGUAUAAAAACUCAACCUGGCCAAGUCCAAGAAGAAUUCGUCACUCUGCCGGCCAAUUGGUCCAGCAUUUCACCUAAUUCGACCGUGGCUGACUACUUGACUAGGCUGAUACCCUCGAAUCUCACGCUGCAACAUUUUCUCAAAUUUUCUUCCGAUGUGAACGUUAACGUAAAGCGUGAGGCUCAAGUAGAAACAAGCCCGAUUGGUAACGAGACCCUCGAAGCGACGACUGGCGCCGAUGGACAGACUGUACAAAUCACGGUGGCUGGUGCGGAGAGUGAAAUCAUACCCGAUGUCGUGGAAGAUGCCAAUGCAGAACCCGGGGCGAAGCCCAAGCGUAAGAAGAAGUACAAGAAGAAACCACCAAAGCCAAAGAAGCCCAAGCCAGGCCAAACGAGCUCCGGUGAUUUAGCCGUCGAAAACUCCAAAAGUAGACGUUUUAAGGUAAGCAUCGUUCAGGCUUUGGAUGGAACCACGUUAUUCUGUUGCCCUCAGUGUAAUAUGGCUUAUCCGGAGAAGGAACUAUUGGAGCAACAUUUAGUUGGGCACAAAAUUGAAAGACGUUUUAUCUGUGACAUAUGCGGUGCUGGAUUAAAACGCAAAGAGCAUCUCGAAAGACACAAGUUAGGACACAAUCCUGACAGACCAUUCAUUUGCUCUGUUUGUAUGAAGGGAUUUAAAAGGAAAGAACACUUGAAUCUUCACUUUGUGAUACACAGUGGUCAAAAGACUGAAGUAUGCUCAGAAUGUGGUAAAGCUUUUUACCGUAGAGAUCAUUUGAGAAAGCACGCACGAAGUCAUUUGGCCAAACGUGCUAAAGAGUCGGCAGCGAUGCCCACCGAUCCACUUUCAACUGAUAAUCAGACUCAAGUUGUGGUUCAAACUCAGCAGCAAGCCGAUCAACAGCAGGUUGAGCAGCAACAGCAACAGUUGCAGCAGCAAGUUAACGUCAUAAAUGAACAACAACAACAACAGCAGCAGCAACAACAACAACAACAACAAAACCCACCAGCGAUUCAACAGAUUCAGAUUCAAGUUGGUCAAGGUCCUCAAGCCCAAAUACAUCAGAUCCAAGUGUCAGAGCAAUCAUCAAUAGUAGUGCCAGGUAGUACGGAUGGAAAUACUAUUAUUUUACAUCAUGCUCCAGCUUCUCAACAACAGCAGCAACAACAGCAAUAACAACAGUAAUGUGAAUAAAUUUCUAUGUUAGCUGCAUGAACAAAAUGGAGUGUAGUAAAGAGCUGUUAAAGUACAUCAUUAACAAUGAUUAAUUCUUAUUUUAAAAAGUAAGCAUUAAUAUUGUCCAUACCACACAGCUUUUUGUCGUAAUUUAUAAUAUCUUUGCGAUCAAAAAUGAACUUUUUAGAGCAGCUGUUACAGAUUUAAUAUCUGUAUGUUACUAAUUUAUUAUAAAUAUAAUCGCAAAUGAACUGCAUAAAAAGUUGAAUGUCAGUUAUGAACGAUGCAUAUAAAUAUAUUAUGAUUAUUAAAAAAUAUAUAAAUACAUAUAUAUUAUUUGGGGAUGUGAUAAGAACGAAGGCUAUUUUAUUUAUAUUUGUAUGUAAAAUGAAGACAAUAGUUGAGACUGAAGACAAGAGAUGAUGAGCAUCCAUUUUUAGAAUCAAUGAAAGUAGCAUACAGAACAGACAACUAUUAUGUAUAGAGAUUACACAGAGUCAAAAUUCACGAUUAGCGUGGUUUUUCUAAAGCUUUGUACGUCACUAAGGAAAACUUUGAAGUACUUGCAAUCGAAGGUACUUGAAUAAAUGUAGAAUUUUUAUAACUGUAUUGCUCUAAUCUUUGUACUAGAUAAAUAUCAUGCUGAGAAGUAGAAUUUGUUAAUAUAAAUAUUUGCACUGCAUUAUUGCGAAAUUAUAUAUAAAAUAUAAUUAUAUAUUAAUCAUAAGGGAUAACAGAAACGUUCUGUUACAUAAAUAAUAGUUUUAGUAGCACGUUGAUAAUUUUAUAUGUUAUAUUUUUUUAUAUGAUAGUAUUUAUUCUGUCAUUGUAGAACUAAAUUGUUUUUUUGAUUCAUUAUAAAGUAAAACUGUUGCUACGAGAACUAUGAAUGAAAUUUCUACAUAAUUUGUAAAUUAUAUUAACGUAUGAUUAACAAUCUUUUCGAAAAAAAACCAUGUGCUUUUCGGAAUAAAGUAUUUCGCUUAUUUAUCAUUAUAAA